AUGGCACAGAACCACAAUGACAUUCACAGUCGUCGCCAAGCGCAGUAUUCUGCCGCACCUUAUGGACUUGCAGUUUUUAUCCUUCUUCCUCGCGCCAUGAACUUUUGGAGAGUCAGAGAUUUUCUUUACCCCCAAAAGGUCUACGACAGUCCAGUCUGCAUUCGAUCUUCCUCCAACACGCGACCCGACGCCUGCGGGAUCAGGAACUCUCUUUCGGCCUCUCCCAUUUCCACUCUGCCACCGGGAAAUCAUUCGCAUGGUUUCACGGUUACAGAAUUUUGGGAGUUUCCUUCACUCCUGCGAAGUCGAGUCUUCAUCUACCAGUCGUCCUCUGGACUUGUCACACCCGUCCACGAGUCUCUUCCCAACAUGGCCUCCUACGACGCUCGACUCAUUCCUGUACGCGAACAUGUCGUGUCCGAAGCCCUCUCAUCCCUGGUGCGGAAUCCCAAGAUGAGCAUUGUCGAUUGCUACCGUACGGCCAUUCAUAACUUCCUCCGUCUUUCUGUCGAAAACAAUUUCCUCGACCUGGUCAGGAGAUUCGAUCUCGAGGUCGACUUCGCAAUCCAAAUCAUCCGAGCCACCAAACAGCCAGAGCAGUUCACACUCGAGCAAAUGGAUAACCUCCAGGCGCUUGGAAAAUCCUUCACUGAAUUGGCCCCGACUUACCGCGAGAUCUGGGUGCAGGAAGUGACCAGACUCAACCUUUGGCCGCAUCACGAGGCUAAUAUUGUUGACGCCAACGAGUUUCAGCGAUACAUCGGCGGAAGAGACUGGGAGACCGAGUGGGUACAAGGCACCCUGGUAAGGAAUGAGCCCGAGGUGGGCGUCCACAACAACCCGCACCAUCAUGGCAAUAUCAUUGAUGGAGAUAACGGGCAGGAAGAAGGAAGUGCGAGAGAUGUCAACACGGUGGAGAUCGAUGACACAGCGCUCGCCGCUCUCGAGGACACCGUCACAUCCGCUGGCGAUGGUGACAACGACAGUGCCGCCGACAACAAUGGCCAGACCAUCCUCUAUCGUGGUCGGGAUGCUCAAGGCAUCAUCACUUGGUCGACAGCCAUUGAUGGCGGAUUGACUCCUUUCGCUCAAUACACCCACGGGGUCGGACGGCCCUGGAAGUGUCUCCUUUGUGACAGAUGCCUAGUCACGGAGAAGGGCUCGCUCCAGAGCCAUCUCCGCCAGCGGCAUAGCCUGGCCGGCCUGAAGGCCAUGAAAAUCGAGAACGAGAACUACUCGAACUUCCAAGGCCACGACGACAACGACUGCUACAUGUGGGGCCAGUAUGUCCAGGGUGACCCUCGGCCGUGGAAGUGCCUCCUCUGCAGAACCCACGCGGGGAUCAAGGUCGGCAAGAAGACGUUCGCGCGGCACUUUCAGAAAACCCACGGCAUCCGCGUCGUCCUGCCGCCGGUCACACCCGAGGAGGUCAGACGCCAUAACCGGAGGCGGCAGCCGCAGCAGCAGUAA